UUGAAGCAGAGUGUGCUUAGGAGAAGGGUACUCAAUCGGUUCUUUGGACACAAUGUGGCAGUAUUGCUUACUGGUCCUGGUGGGCUCACUCAUGGUGGGGGCCCAGUUCCCCCGAGUGUGUGUGACCCCUGAGGGGCUCCGGAGCAGAGAGUGUUGCCCUUCUCCAUCAGGCACCGGCGAAGACCCUUGCGGCUCCAGAGAGGGCCGAGGUGGGUGCACGUCUGUAGUGGUGGACGCCCGGCCCCACGGCCCCCAGUACCCGCACGAUGGACAGGAUGACCGAGAACAGUGGCCGGCGAGGUUCUUCAGUCGGACGUGUCGAUGUAACGGCAACUUUGGCGGUUUUGACUGUGGCCGGUGCCGACAUGGAUGGACUGGAACCAACUGUGACCAGAGGGUAUCUGUUGUGAGGAGAAACGUGAUGCAACUUAGCGCCCGGGAGAAAUUGGCUUUUGUGGAUGCCUUGGACCAAGCCAAGCGGACCGUGCAUCCCGACUUGGUGAUCGCCAUAAGGCGCUACACUGAGAUUUUCGGACCGGACGGUAACACAACGCAGUUCCAGAACAUCACCAUCUAUAAUUACUUUGUUUGGAGCCAUUAUUACUCGGUCAGCAAGACCUUCCUGGGGGCUGGACAGCCCAGUUUUGGAGGGGUGGAUUUCUCCCAUGAAGGUCCUGGUUUCAUCACCUGGCAUCGGUACCAACUGAUCCAGUUGGAGCGGGACAUGCAGGACAUGCUGCAGGACCCCACAUUUGCCCUACCCUACUGGAACUUCGCCAUCGGCGGCAACACAUGUGACAUCUGCACAGACGAUCUUGUGGGUGCUCGGAGCAACUUCGACAAUAACUCACUCAGCACCAACUCCAUCUUCUCGCAGUGGAGAGUCAUCUGCGAGAGCGUGGAUGACUACGAUACGUUGGGAACCAUCUGCAACAGCACUGAGACAUCACUAAUAAGAAGGAACCCUGCCGGCAAUGUAGACAGACCCAUGGUCCAACGUCUCCCUGAGCCUCAGGAUGUGGCUGACUGCCUGCAAGUGGACGUUUUUGACACACCGCCAUACUACUCCACGUCCUCUGAAAGCUUCAGAAACACAAUAGAAGGUUACAGCGCUCCUCAGGGGAACUACGACCCCGUGGUGAGGAGUCUCCACAACCUGGCUCAUCUCUUCCUGAAUGGCACCGGGGGACAGACCCACCUUUCGCCUAACGACCCCAUCUUUGUGUUGCUGCACACCUACACGGAUGCCAUAUUUGACGAGUGGUUGCGAAGGCAUAACCCAGGUGCGGCCAUGUAUCCAGACGAAAAUGCCCCUAUUGGUCACAACAGGGGAUACAAUAUGGUGCCUUUUUGGCCUCCAGUAAGCAAUGCUGAGAUGUUUGUAACUGCCCCUGAAAAUCUGGGUUACUCUUACGAAGCCGAAUGGCCAGGACAAGCUUUGACCCUGACCGAAAUAAUCACCAUGUGCGUCAUCGCCGCCCUCCUCGUUGUCGCCGCCAUCUUCGUGGCAACCACCUGUGCCGUGCGUUCCCGCGCGUCUAAAAUGGAGGGCCGCCAAUCGCUCCUCGCGGACCACUACCAGCGCUACGACAACAAUGGCCAAUCUGUUGUCUAAUAUGUCUUAUUUGUUGUUUUAUCACUAAAUGUGCCUCUUCACUACUACACUACACUACACUGAAUUAAAAAAUAUUUUAGUUAAAAGAUAAUUGCUUGUGCAUCUUUAUGAUGGCUAAAACUAACAACUUCAGCAGAUGUCUGCAAAGGCUCAAAAACAAUAACCUGUAUAGCCAUUGAUAUUCAAGUAGUCAUGCUCUAGAUGCUUCACUUGAUUAGGGUCAGGGAUAAGCUGGAGCCUAUCUCAGCUGACUGGCAAAUCAAAAGUGUGAUUAAUCUAAAUUUAAAUAAAAUACAACUAUAACAAAAAAAACUGUAUGUAAAGUAUAUACACUGUGUAUACUAUAAUAGGAAAUAAAAUUAACUUUUUUGAUUUUAGCAAAUAGCUGCAAUGAAACAAAGAGUC